AAUAUCAUUUUAUAUUCUUCCAUUCCUCCUUCUAAUCCUUCAUCACUCAAAUGGCCAAAUUUCGCCAAAUAUUAGCGUAGGCUCUACUUUCACUGCUGGAAUCAAUGGUUCUAUGUUGUCUUCAUCCGAAGACUUUGCAUUUGGAUUUUAUCCCCUCUCAGCUAGCCUUUACCUUGUUGGGAUUUGGUUCAACAAGCUCCAAGAAAGAACACUCGUAUGGUCAGCAAAUCGUGACAGUCCAGCAGAAACUGGAUCCACUAUUAGUCUAACAAGUGGUGGCCAGCUAGUGCUCAAAUACGCUAAUGGCAAUGUUGAACCGAUUUACAGUGGGUCUGCAAGGUGGGGAUUCAUACAGGAUGAUGGAAAUUUUGUCCUGAGAGACUCCAGCUUAAGAAAAGUUUGGGAGAGCUUUAAUUUUCCAACUGAUACUCUCUUACCAGGACAGAUUAUGCUACCAACAGGAAAGCUCUAUUCUAAUUCUAUUUCAGAUGGGAAUUUCAAGUACUCCAGAGGGAAGUUCAUGCUACAAAUGCAAGCUGAUGGAAAAUUGGUACUGUCUGCUUAUCAUUUUGCGGACACAGGAUAUUGGCUUACUAGUCAAGAUCCUCAAGGAAGCAAUGAAGUGAAUUUGGUUUUCGACCGGAGGAAUGCAUCUUUGUACCUUGUGAAAGGUACUAAUAAUAACACAAUCUAUUCUUUUCCAUCUAAAGUCCCAACCCCAGUUGAAGACUACUACCACCGUGCAACUCUAGACAGUUUUGGGUUUUCGAGCAGUAUGCUUAUCAUAAGACUAAUGGUAGCAAUUGGAUUAGAGUUUGGAAGGAACCUUCAGAGCCAUGUAUGGUAAAUGCUGUUUGUGGGGCUUAUGGAUUAUGCAGCUCAAAUGACAAUGAAACAGUAAAUUGUGAGUGUCUACCGAGCUAUGUCUUCUUGGAUCCAAGUAAUCCUACCAAAGGUUGUCAUCCAGAGACAAUGAUCAACUUCUGUGCGGAUCUAUCUACAGGAAAUUCCAGAGUAGAGGCUAUUAAGGAUAGUGACAUGCCUUACAACGAGGUUGGGGAUUAUGAAAUUUAUCGUGACAUCGACGAGGAAGGAUGCAAGAAGGUUGUCAUGGAAGAUUGUUAUGCCAUGGCUGCUUCUCUAUUCAAUAGGACAUGUUACAAGAAGCGCACUCCUAUACUCAAUGCCCGUAAAACUUCCAUGACCAAAGGUAGCAUUUCCUUUAUCAAGGUGCCCAUUAACUCAGCUAAAGAUGGCAUACCAACAAAAAAGAAAUCAAACACCAGAGCUCAUCUCACUGCUGGCCUUAUAACCAGCAGUUCACUUGCUGUCCUAUUUGGAGCCUUGGCUCUUUACUAUCAUCCUGCUCCUCGGAGACUUGUAAGAAGAGAGUGGAAUCCGAAUUCGUCAAGAAUAGGGAUCAAUUUCCGCGAGUUCACAUACAAAGAAUUGCAUGAAGCAACAAAUGGCUUCAGCAAACAACUUGGAAAAGGAGCUUCUGCGAAAGUUUACUUUGGGAAUUUGAACUUAAAGGAUGUACAAGUAGAGAUUGCAGUGAAGCGGAUGGCGGACGUUGCAGAGAAAAGUGAGAAGGUAUUCAUGACAGAGCUAAGAAUUAUAGGCAGAACUCAUCACAAGAAUCUGGUAAAGCUAUUGGGAUUCUGCAUUGAGGAUAAUCACUUUCUUUUGGUGUAUGAGUUGAUGAAGAAUGGAGCAUUAUCAGAAUUUUUGUUCAAGGAAGAAAUGCUGCCUACUUGGAGUCACAGAACAGAAAUGGCACUAGGAAUUGCAAGAGGACUUUUAUAUUUGCAUGAAGAAUGUGAUACACCAAUCAUCCACUGUGACAUAAAACCUCAAAAUGUACUCCUCGACAGCAAAUACAAUGCUAAGAUUUCAGAUUUUGGGCUAUCAAAACUCUUGAAGAAGGAUCAAACAAGAACAGAUACUUGUGCAAGAGGGACAGUGGGAUACUUGGCACCAGAAUGGCUAAGGAAUGCGCCAAUAACACCCAAAGUGGACAUUUUUAGUUUUGGUGUAAUGUUACUGGAGAUUACAUGUGGUAGAAGGCACAUUGAGCUUAGCAGGGUAGAGGAAGAGAGCGAAGAUGAUGAAGGUGAUGAUUUACUGCUUGUAAAUUGGGUUGCCGGAUGUGUGAGAAGUGGUAGAAUCGACAAACUUGCAAGGCGUGAUCCUGAAGUAUUGAAUGAUGUUCAAAGACUUGAAAGAUUUGUCAAGGUGGGAUUGUGGUGAGUCCAUCCUAAUCCAAUUGUUAGACCUUCAAUGAAAAUGGUGAUGCAAAUGCUUGAGGGCACUAUUGAGAUUGGAGUUCCUCCAAUGCUUGAGCUGUAAAUGAUUGUUUAAAUCAUCGAAAGGGAGGAGCAUAGGAAUACGAAGAAAAAGUGAAAGGAAAAAAAGGCUCAUGGCAUUGCAAACUGCAAGUGAAUACUCAAAACUGUCAUACAGUUAAUAGUUAGUAUUGAAGAACCUUUAGGGACCUCCUUGAGUACUUAUGCUCUUGUAAAACUAGUCCUAAGUCUCAGACUUUGGUUGUCAAGUGUUUUCUUUCUUUUUUUCCAGGCGUUUGAAGUCAUGAAUUUGAAUCGUUACUUUUUCUAGUUUAUAAUCUGUGUUUGUUCUCAUUCUACGAAGGAAAUUAUUAUGUUGAUGUGUGUAUUUCUCUUGCUAUUUGAUGCAGUUCUACUGGAAUAA